GAAGCAGGAGAGAGUGAGGAAAGAUAUAAAUGACGAAGCUGGAGAGGAACAAGGAAGACAGCCAACAAUCUCAUGUAAUUAAAGUCACAAGUUGUCAUGCGUACUUAGCAUGAUAGAAGGGAAGUGGUUGUAUAACAGUGCUGCUCUGUUGCUGCCUGUGUCACUCCACCCCGCGAAACUGCCCUUUUUCCUGCCUUCCGCGCAUUAAACGUUCACUAUAGCGUUAGAAAAGUCAAUUAUAGUGUCGUGACUUUGUUACCAUGCAUUUAUCCUUGAAAAAUCCGUAUGGGAGUCUUUCCUAGUUCAAUUGAAGAGACGUUAUAACAGUGGACGCGGCAAUAAAUUGAACAUGUAUCAAAAGGAGUAGGAGAACACACCAUGGCAGACAGGAGGACUUUCAACGUUGUGAUUCUGGGGUUGGGAUUUCUGUUCAUUUUUACCGCCUUCACCACCUGUGGGAAUGUUGAACAAACUGUAGUGAAAAGCCUGCAGAACAACACUUUCACUGGGAGUGGGUACCACAGUCUUGGAAUCAUCUAUGGAGUCUUUUCGUUCGCCAAUUUACUUGCACCAACAGUUGUUGCUGUAAUUGGACCAAAAUGUACUAUGUUUCUGAGUGGCCUACUUUACAGUGGGUACAUUGCUGUGUUCAUCAUCCCUUCAACAUGGUCCUUCUACCUGACCUCCGUGCUGAUCGGCAUAGGAGCAGCCAUGCUGUGGACGGCUCAAGGACACUUCCUGGUGGAGAACUCAGAGGCCUCCACCAUCAACAGGAACACAGGAGUGUUUUGGGCUCUCCUACAGUGCAGCAUGCUGUUUGGCAAUCUCUACAUUUAUUUUGACUGGAAUGGAAAAACAGAGAUAUCAGACAGCAGCAGGAAAAACAUCUUCGUGUCCCUGCUGGUCACCUCGGUGCUCGGCACACUCAGCUUCCUGGUGCUGAGGAAGAGCCAUCACGCAGAGGAGCUGCUCUCUGAAGAGGAAGGCCAGUCGCUGCUCUCACCUCGCACUAUGUAUAAGCAAAGAGCCAACUCUGCCGUGGAGGAUGCCAAAUUGGAAUUCAGAACCAUGCUACAACUUCUGAAGACUAAAACUAUUCUGCUCCUGAGUCCCUGCAUGGCAUACAGCGGCCUGGAGCUAUCAUUCUACAGCGGGGUGUAUGGGACGUGUAUCGGAGCGACUGCACAAUUUGGGGAAUCCGCAAAAGGCUUGAUUGGGAUCUCUGGGAUUGUGGUAGGCAUUGGAGAAAUUGUGGGUGGAGGCUUGUUUGGAUUGUUGUGUAAGAACAAUCGCUUCAGACGGACCUCUGUGGUGUUUCUGGGAAUGGUCGUCCAUUUUGUUGCCUUCUAUUUGAUCUUCCUCAACAUCCCAGAUGACGCCCCUGUCGUCUUUUAUACCAGCUCUCAAAGUAAACCGUAUUUAGCUCCAAGCGUGUCCAUCGCCCUGCUGUGCAGCUUCCUGCUCGGACUCGGGGACAGUUGUUUCAACACGCAGCUCUACAGCAUAUUAGGCUGUGUUUAUGCUGAGCAGAGCGCGCCUGCUUUUGCCAUCUUCAAAUUCAUCCAGUCUGUUUUUGCAGCCGUGGCGUUCUUCUACAGCGGGUACAUCCUGCUGAAGUGGCAGCUCCUGCUGAUGGUCAUCCUGGGCUUCACCGGGACGCUCUGCUUCUUCGUGGUGGAGCGGGUGCAGAACCUGUCUGUAGACCUACCGGAAUAUUAGACAGAAGACAUUUCUGCAUCAGCAAUGAUUUUUUAAUAUGUGUUAGUGGGAAGAACUACAGCCGUCAGAGGAACAAUCCAUCAUGUUUUAUUCCAUCAGGAGUCAUUUGACAAUCUUUUAUUACUAUGCACUAUAUGUCAUAAACCUUGGGAUAACAUUAAAGUAGUUUGAGUUGUUGCAACAAGUGAAACUGAGUUGCCUUUAGAACAUUUGAAUCUUGGACCUUUGCUCUCUGUUCUAUAAAUCCCAACACUAAACAAUCUCAUCGUUAAUGAUUACCUUAUUUUCCUCCUGCACUGUUGAUCUUAUUGUAUCAUUACAAACAUAACCACUUACCUUCUUUUGAACUUAGUUAGAGUUGCUUCCAGCUCAGGUUUGUAAUUGAAGUCAGUGUUAUUUGGUUAAAAAAUAUUUUUUAAUUUGACUUUUACUUUAAAAGCUGUUCAUAGUUUGUCAGAAUGACGUAAGAAAAUGGAAGAGAGAAAGUCAUGUAAAACUGUUCCUGUCAUGUUUAAGAGAAAUGUAAACUAAUUAAUGCCUGACAAUCCUUUUUUUGUACAUUUUGCAUUUUUUCAAUGUUUUCUCCCUAAUUUAGUUGAUCUUGAUAAAUAAAGUUGUAUUCAUUUUUGGAGAUUUCAUCUAAAAUGAAAAGGAA